AUGGUACCCUGGCUAAACCUCAUGUCCUUGUUAGUUGUCCUCAGAGGUGUCCAAUCUGAGGUUCAGUUAGUGGAGUCUGGAGGGGAGGGGAGAAGACCUGGAGAGUCCCUCCAUCUCUCCUGCCAAGGUUCUGGAUUCACCUUUGGCAACUACUGGAUGGUCUGGGUGAGACAGGCUCCAGGGAAAGGCCUGGAGUGUGUAUUGGUUUUCAAAGGAUAUCAGUAUGGGUGUCAUAUGGUACGAAUGGAAAGAAUCAGAUCAGUCAGUACAGAAAGUACAGAAUUCUACUUCACUAAUAGCAGUUUCAUCAGGGCUGAACUACACAUUACACCAUACGAGUAUCUGCUAGAUCUAAGAAAACAAGUGGAAAUAAUGUUGAGUGCUUGUCUGAAUAUUUUUCCAUCAGUAAGAAUCCUUCACACUUUUGAGCGAGCAAAAAUGGCACUCUGGCUAAACAUCAUGUUCUUGUUAGUUGUCCUCGGAGGUGCCCAAUCUGAGGUGCAGUUGGUGGAAACUGGAGGGGAUGUGAGAAGACCUGGAGAGUCCCUCCGUCUCUCCUGCCAAGCCUCUGGAUUCACCUUCAGCAGCUCCUGGAUGAGCUGGGUGAGACAGGCUCCAGGGAAAGGCCUGGAAUGGGUGGCAAGGAUACGCUAUGAUUCUGCUACUAUUUACUACCCUGACAAAGUUAAGGGACGCUUCACCAUCUCCAGGGACAAUGCCAAAAGCCAGCUGUAUUUGCAAAUGAACAGCCUCAAAGCUGAAGACACAGCAGUCUAUUACUGUGUGAGAGACACAAUGGUAUAUCCAGAUGUAUAUUGGUUUUCAAGCCAGGGCAAUACGAAUAUGAGAUGGGCUAUUUUCAGCAUGUCUGCAAUGGAGGAUGAAGGCACUCUAGAAACUCAAAGCAGUGUGUAUCUCUUUUAUCCUGAGGGCUAUGUAAAUUCAGUGACAGCUUCCUGUUGA